GAACAUCGCGAGACCCAUUGAUUUCGACGACAUCACCCACGCAAGCUCCAAGUUGGCCAAGCAUCUAGCUUGAGAAGCUCACUUGUCCAAAUAGUAUGCCAAAUAGCCCAAAAUAUGUGUAUACGACGACCAAUUGAUGCUAAUUCUCUCUCAGGUCAACAUGAGAGCGCCAAGGAUCCAGCAGUUUCUGAGCCCCUUCCUCCACAAGGCCCCCGUUGCGCCGACGUGCCAGGCCAGAUGGCUUCAUAAGACGAGAGAAAUUCCCCCCGUCCCGUCACCGAUACCCCUCGUCCCCGAUGUCCCGACCCUCCUCAAGGUUCUCGGCCGCGGCCUGAGCCAGCACGUCGACAAGUUCCCGACGUGGGAAUCUCUCUUCACCCUCUCCUCGACACAACUCAGAGAGCUCGGCUUGGAACCGCCACGGACGCGACGCUACCUCCUCACUUGGCUCGAUCGAUACAGAAAGGGUGCAUUCGGUGCCGGCGGCGACUUCAAGCACGUGGAGAACGGAGAGGCCUUCCUCAAGGUCGUGCGCGACCCCAAGACAGACAAGAAGCUCGUCGUCAACGUGCCGGCGGGCACCGACGUGAGCAACGCCGCUAUCGAAAAGCUCACGAGACCAUCAGGAUACACGGUUCGCGGCUCGCACACGAUCUCUGGCCCCAGCGCACUGCCCCUGAAGGCCGGCGCGGGCGCAAAGGUCGUCGUGUCUGAGGGCAUGUGGGAGCACAAGCAGGGUCACAAGGUCGAUGGAGGUGAGCGCAGAAGGGCAGAGACUCGCUUCAGGAAGCGCAUUGCCGCGCGCAAGGCCGAGAGGGAGGCUCAGGGUCUACGAUAAAUCGAUUAGGGGUUGCGCGACUGUCCCAUUUUCCAGCCUCACACCACUUGACACCACCAACUGUACUAUAUUCAUAGAUCUUGUACGAUACGAGGUUGAAAAUUGGACAGCGAUCAUCGACUGUCUGGAUCUUGAAGUCAAAGCUUCUGAAUGCUCUUCGGUUCUAU